CUCUCGAGCCUGAGACGAUCGCGAUGCUUCUCGCUGCCGGCCGCCUCCUGCCGCUGGCCGCCGUUUGCUACUGGCUGCUCAAGCCGUCACCGCGUCAGCCGGCGAAACAGCCGCCACCCGGGGUGGACUGGCGCGCGAGGCCCGGCCUGCACGCCACCGUGAAGGAGAAGGCGCCCGCCACAGGCAAGUCAUACCUGGUCAUCGGCACGGGCAGCGUGGGACUCAUAAUCAUGGAGGCCCUGGUUGAGCGCGGCGAGAAGAAGGUCAAGGGCCUCGACGUCGUCGCACCGCGCCGCGGGGUGGAGGGCGCGACGUUCGCUGUCGGCAACGUGACUGACUACUCGUCGAUCAAGGCGGCUUGCGAAGGCGUCGACGUCGUCUACCUGACGGUCGCGCUCAUCCGCUACUACGAGCGGCUCCAGUACCAGUACGCCGCGAGUCACGCCGUGAACGUCACCGGGACGGGGAACGUGCUUCGCGCCUGCGCCGAGUGCGGCGUGCAGGUGCUGGUGCAGACGUCGACAUCGAACGUCUGCGUUGCGCCCGCGCUCGUGAGCACCUCGAUGGACGAGAGUUCGGAGCUGGUGGGCCCGCAGAACUCGCCAAACCACUACGGCUGGACCAAGGCGCAGGCGGAGACGAUGGUGCUCGCCGCCAACGGGGCGCCUCUCGAGCCCGCGGCGCGCGGCGCGCUUCAGACCGUCGCCGUGCGGCCGUGCUCUGGGAUCUUCGGGCUGCAGGACAACUUCAUGACGGAGAAGUGGCUCGAGCUGGGCCAGGUGCAGAUCAUGCUGCCGGAGCCUCUGAUCGACUACGUCUACAACGAGAACGUCGCCUACGCCCACCUGCUCGCCGAGGCGGCCCUGCACGCCGAGCGCGCCAAGCCGCCGCCGCAGCGGCGCGUCGGCGGCGAGGCGUUCUGCAUCACCAACGGCGAGCCGCUUCGGGCGGCCGAUUUCCACGACGCGGUCGGGCACUACUACGAGCGGCAGACGGGCGGCGCCUUCAAGCAGACGUACCUGCCUCGCAGGCUGAUGAUGGCGCUGGGGUACGCGGUGGAGCUUGUGCAGCGCGCCACGCGCGGCCGCGUCACGGGCGAUCUCGCGCUCCUCACGCCGGCGAUGUUUGCGGUCGCCUCGCUCACGUACGCCUUCUCGUCGGCGAAGGCGAAGGAGCGCCUCGGGUACGAGCCGCUGUACACGCUGCACGAGGCGCUGCAGCGGACGGUCUACCUCUGGCACACGCACAGGGCGGGCGUCGCAGGCGCGAAGAAGUGA